UGUAUCAUAAAGCAUUGUGGGAAUUGUAUGGCCCGAAGUGUGGAAGUGAUGUCCUGCUUGCUGUUUUGUUGACAUAGCUAGCUUUGACUAAAUAGCUUUCAUUUAUCUGGCCCUCAAAUUUGGAUUCACAAAUGCGCGGAGACGACUCAGAUUCUGACUCCGGGCGGACUAACGAAAGUUCCAUUCAAAUAAGCAUGGACAUGCUUUGUCAGGAACUGAACAUGGACGAGCAGACGGCAUCGGAAGCCAUGCAAAACUUCAAGUCGAUCUGGAAUACAUACACAUUGGAGGGUGACGUAGUGCAUUGGCUAGCCUGCUCUCUCUACGCCGCCUGCAGAAAAGGCUCAACACCUACUGUUGGUAAGGGAAUUAUGGAAGGGAAUUGUGUGUCUUUAACCCGAAUACUCCGGACUUCCAAACUAAGUUUGAUUCAAUUCUUCAACAAGAUGAAGAAAUGGUCAGACAUGUCCAACCUGUCUGAGGAUUUUCGGAAUCGCAUUGGUCGGCUGGAGAGAAACUUUGAGGUGUCAACUGUGAUCUUUCGGAAGUUUGAGCCAAUAUUCAUGGACAUGUUCCAGGACCCCCAAGGGGAACCCCCAAGACAGCCUAGAAGCAGAAAACACAGGCGACUGCCCUGUCAUGUCAGCGAUGUCUUCAAAUUCUGCUGGACCCUGUUUGUGUACACUAAAGGUAAUUUCCACAUGAUUGGUGAUGACUUGGUUAACUCCUACCACCUCCUGCUCUGCUGCUUGGACUUGGUGUUUGGAAAUGCCCUGCUGUGCUCCAACAGGAAAGACCUUGUCAACCCACUUUUCAAAGGUUUGCCGAGCAUCUACCGGUCUGAAAACGACACCCCAGAUGAGCUGCUGUGCGUCAUCAACCGGCUGUGUGAGCUUCAUGAUGGCCUGGUAGUAGAAGCCAAGGGCAUCAAGGAGCACUACUUCAAGCCCUACAUUAAAAGGCUCUUUGAGCGGCAGAUACUGAAAGGAAACGAGGAAUUACUCACAGAACUCCUGGAUACGCAGAACUUCAUAGACAACAAUAAAGCAAUAAACCGAGAGUACGAGGAAUAUGUGUUGACUGUGGGAGACUUUGAUGAGAGGGUGUUCCUGGGGGCGGAUGCCGACGAAGAGAUCGGGACGCCCAGGAAGGCAGCACCAGAGCCACGGGCUGGGCAGCUGUCAGCCCGCAUGCAGGUGGAGAGCAACCUGCAGCAGCACUUUGAGAAGAAACGCUCCCUUGCCCCUUCCACUCCUCUGACGGGGAGAAAGUACCUAAAGGAGAAAGAGCUGCUUGUAACCCCUGUGUCCUCGGCAACGCAGAGUGUCAGCCGGCUCCAGAGCAUGGUCUCAGGCUUGCGCAAUGCACCAAGCGAGGCUCUGUUACAGAUAUUCAAGUCUUGUUCGAGGGACCCCGCCGAAGCCAUUGUGAGCCGAGUAAAAACCCUUGGAGAGACCUUCAAGCAUAAUUAUACCAAGGACUCUGAGGAGCUGCCUGGAGCACACAUGGACUUUGCUGAGAACCGGAUGAAGCUGUCUGAAAUCCUCUAUUACAAGGUUCUGGAGAAUGUCAUGGCCCAGGAGACCAAAAGAUUACAGGGCAAAGACAUGGCUGUGUUGCUGGAGCAGGACAUCUUCCACUGUUCUCUGAUGGCCUGCUGUCUGGAGGUGGUGCUGUUUGCCUACAGCUCCCAGCGCACCUUCCCUUGGAUCAUCAGCGUCUUCAAAUUACGGCCGUUCUACUUCUUCAAGGUUAUCGAGGUGUUCAUCCGCUCGGAGGAGGGUCUGUCCCGGGACAUGGUGAAGCACCUGAACUCCAUUGAGGAACAGGUGCUGGAAUGUCGAGCUUGGACCGCAGAUUCGGUGCUGUGGGAGUCCCUGCAGCAGGCGAACAACAAGGUCCCUACUGUGGAGGAGGUGAACUUUCCCAGUAGUUUUGACACUGGGAACAGCACCGGACCCUCUCAUCUCCCACUGGUAGCGCUUUCCCCCAUCAUCCACCCCCGCAUCCGGGAGUUUAGGGCGGGCCUGGGCAGCGCACGCAAAGACGUCCCCCCAUCUCCUUUAUCUGUCCAUGACCGCUACAGCUCCCCGGCGGCAGGCAGUGCUAAGCGGCGCUUGUUUGGGGAUGACAGCGGCCCACAGACCCAGCAGUCCCCUUCGCUGGCCAAGAGGCUCACAUUCUCCCCUGGAGGGACACUGAAGAUUGACAUGACCACAGCCAACGGUCAGCAGCUCAGUAUUCCACUGCAAGGUAAUGAUAUGGGAGGAAUCACACUGAUCCAGGUCCAGUCUGGACGGGAACCCGGCAGCCCCAUUACAGCCCAGGUCCUCCUGACUGCCUCUCCCAACCGACCCAGCCCCGCCCCCCAGGCCCAGCCUGACCCUCAGCAAAGCCGGCCCCGACGGACAGGCUCCUUGGCCCUCUUUUUCAGGAAGGUGUACCACCUGGCCAGUGUGAGACUUAGAGACCUGUGCGUGAGGCUGGACAUCUCAGCAGAGCUGAGGGGCAAGAUCUGGACGUGCUUUGAGCACUCCAUUGUCCAGAGUCCGGAGCUGAUGAAGGACCGACACCUGGAUCAGCUCCUUCUCUGCGCUAUCUACAUAAUCUCUAAGAUUACGAAAGAUGCCCACUCGUUCCAGGACAUCAUGAAAUGUUACCGAAGUCAACCUCAAGCCAGCAGUCAUGUCUACCGUAGUGUCCUCAUCAAGCCCUACAGCAAACCAGCACCACCUUCAAAUGAGAACAUGGAAGUUGAUCCCACCUUUGGGGGAGAAUCUGCUGAGAAAGCCAACCGGAGCAGCAUCAAGGAGAGCCCCAUGUAUCAAGGGGAGGAGCGUGGCGACCUCAUCCAGUUCUACAACUCUGUCUAUGUUCUGAAGAUGAAAGGAUUCGCCCUCCGAUAUGCUGCCACCAGCACAGACAACAGGAUGGAGGCACCUCCUCUGUCCCCAUUCCCCUUGGUGAGAGCCCAGCCCCUGUCGCCACGCCGCAUCUCCCAGAGACACUCCAUUUAUGUGUCCCCGCACAAGAGUGGCUCCUGCCUGACCCCCAACUCAGCAUACACCUACAGGAUCAAUGGCAGCCCCUCUAAAGAGCUAACCGACAUCAACAGGAUGAUUCGCCAGGGAGGGGUGAGCAGGAAAAGGGCCUUUUCCAUGGAGGGCGACUACUCUGCCGAGUCCCCCACCAAACGGGUUUGUCCAGAGAGUGAGGAUGUGUUGCUCAAAAGGCUGCAGGAUGUGGUCAGCGAGCGUGCCCACCACUGACACCUGCCCAGUGCCAACAACUCAAUCGUGUCUCUUGCCUAGUCUACACACCCUUCCUACAGCAUGGUUCUGUAGCUUUCUCUUGUUAACACUUUUUAUUAUUUUUGUCUACUUUUCUUCCCCCAUGUUUUGUCUCUGUCAUGAACCUAAACAUUGCUUUUAAAUAGUUUAACUUUAAAAAGACUGAAUUUAAUUUUUUCUCCCUCUGUGUGGUCCAUCUAGAAUGAUCUUUUAACCCUUUUGCUUUAUGAACUAUGGACGGUGCAUCAUCGCAAAAAAAGUUUGUUCAUGGCAGUUUAUAUCCCUCCAUGUCACUGAGGCAGCAAUUAUGUGUAGUAUCUACAUAUUUCAUGUGCUGUUUUGAAUGAAAUCUGAGUCAUGCUACUAUGGUGCUACUUUUUUUUUUUAUAUAUAUCAAGGAUGAAUCAAUUUUUAACCUCAACUGAAACAUUUCAGUGGAAUCAAACCGUAACUACAUACCUUUGUGGCUGGAAUAGCGCAAUCACUUUGUAUCUUGAAGUAGUAGGGGCUGUAAAUUUGUUUGCUUUGGUAUCUGCAGUGUUUCCAAUUCUAAUAUUCACCCCAGUUUGAUUAGAGCCUCAUUAUGUCAUGAAGUAAAUUUGUGUUUGCAUUGCUUUUGUAAUGUUAUGCUAAGGCAAUAUUUUUUUAAUGGUAGUGGUAAUGUCAAAUAUCUGUGUUUUACUGAUUAUUCUGGUCAAACAUGUUAAUUAACCUUUUCAGUUACUCAACUAUUGUACAAUCACACAAGGUUGUACAAUAAAACAUUUAUCACAG